AUGGCGGACGAAGUAUACGAUGGUGCCAUUGGCAUCGAUCUUGGCACGACCUACUCAUGUGUGGCCAACUAUGAGGGCGCCGGCGUUGAGAUCAUCGCCAACGAGCAGGGUUCCUUCACCACCCCAUCCUUCGUCUCUUUCACCUCCGAGGAGCGCUUGAUCGGUGAGGCGGCGAAGAACCAGGCCGCCAUGAACCCCGAGAACACCGUCUUCGAUGCCAAGCGUCUUAUCGGCCGACGAUUCGACGACCCCACCGUCAAGAAGGAUAUCGAGACGUGGCCAUUCAAGGUCGUGGAUGAUGACAGCAACCCUAAGAUCGAGGUCCAGUAUCUCAACGAGACCAAGCAGUUCUCCGCUCAGGAGAUCUCCGCCAUGGUUUUGGGCAAGAUGAAGGAGAUUGCUGAGACCAAGCUCGGCAAGAAGGUGGAGAAGGCCGUUAUCACAGUUCCAGCUUACUUCAACGACAACCAGAGACAAGCAACCAAGGAUGCCGGUGCCAUCUCUGGUCUCAACGUCCUACGUAUCAUCAACGAGCCUACCGCUGCCGCCAUUGCCUACGGUCUCGGUGCUGGCAAGUCUGACAAGGAGCGCAACGUCCUCAUCUACGAUCUCGGUGGUGGAACUUUCGAUGUUUCGCUUCUUAAUAUCCAGGGUGGCGUCUUUACCGUCAAGGCUACUGCCGGUGACACCCAUCUUGGUGGCCAAGACUUCGAUACCAACCUCCUCGACCAUUUCAAGAAGGAAUUCCAGAGGAAGUCCAAGAAGGACAUCUCUGGCGACGCUCGUGCCCUUCGUCGUCUGCGGACAGCCUGCGAGCGUGCCAAGCGUACCCUUUCCAACGGCACCCAGACCACCAUCGAGAUCGACUCUCUCUACGAGGGCGAGGAUUUCAACGCCAACAUCACCCGUGCCCGUUUCGAAGAGAUCAACGGCAAGGCUUUCAACGGCACCAUGCAGCCAGUCGAGCAGGUGCUUAAGGAUGCGGCCAUCGAGAAGAGCAAGGUCGACGAGAUCGUGUUGGUUGGUGGCUCCACUCGUAUUCCUCGGAUACAGAAGCUCCUGUCCGACUUCUUCAACGGCAAGAAGCUCGAGAAGAGCAUCAAUCCUGAUGAGGCUGUUGCCUACGGUGCGGCUGUUCAGGCUGGUAUUCUCUCUGGCAAGGCCACCUCCGCCGACACCCAGGACAUGCUCCUGCUCGAUGUCGUCCCACUCUCGCUUGGUGUGGCUAUGGAGGGCAAUAUUUUUGCACCAGUCGUCCCUCGCGGUAACACAGUUCCUUGCUUGAAGAAGAGGACAUUCACCACAGUUGCCGACAACCAGCAGACUGUCCAGUUCCCUUGCUACCAGGGCGAGCGCACUAACUGCGAAGACAACACCUCCCUCGGCGAGUUCACCUUGGCUCCUAUCCCCCCAAUGAAGGCUGGCGAUGCCGUACUGGAGGUUGUAUUCGAAGUGGAUGUCAACGGUAUCCUGAAGGUCACCGCCACCGAGAAGACUUCCGGCCGCAGCGCCAACAUCACCAUCUCCAACUCCGUCGGCAAGCUCAACUCGGCUGAGAUCGAGAAGAUGGUGGAGGAUGCCGCCAAAUUCAAGACCAGCGACGAUGCUUUCAGCAAGAAAUUCGAGUCGAGACAGCAGCUCGAGUCGUACAUCAGCAGAGUCGAGGAGAUCGUGUCUGACCCAACCAUGAGCAUGAAGCUCAAGCGUGGCCAGAAGGAGAAGAUCGAGAGUGCACUGUCCGAUGCCAUGGCCCAGCUCGAGAUCGAGGAUGCCCCCUCGGAGGACCUAAAGAAGAAGGAGCUGGCGCUUAAGCGCGUGGUCACCAAGGCUAUGUCUACCCGCUAA